ACAACUUUCCUCCAUUAACCGGAACAUACCUGAAAUAUUUUUGCUCAAAAGAAGACACUUCUCUCUCUCUCUCUCUCUCUCUCUCUCUCUCUCUCUCUCUCUCUCUCUCACACACACACACUAAAAAACACAUACUUUUGCUUUAUUUUUGCAGGCGAGGGGUUAAUUGAUGUCCACACCCUCCUCUUUCACUUAUCCUUUCACUUCUGAUCAACCUUACAUCACCCACCAUUGCCUUUUUCACCCUAAUUGUUCUUAAUCAAUUUGAGUAUAUAUGUAUAAUUUAUUGACGGUGACCUGCUAGGCUGUGCUACUAUACUGUUCCCGUUUUGCUGAUGUAAUUUUUGUUUAAGAAGAAUUCGGUGGAGGAAACUGAGAAGAGAUCGGAGGAAAAAAUGGAGUUUGAUGAACACGAGGAACAAGAAGAGGAGGUCGGAAUUCAGCUUCCGCCGGGAAAUUACGAUGGGGUUGGGAAUUCAGGUAGGGGGAGGGAAGUGAGGAAAAGCGGAGGCGGUGGUGGUGGGUUCCGGUAUCGGGAGUGUUUAAAGAACCACGCUGUAGGCAUUGGCGGACACGCGGUGGAUGGUUGUGGAGAGUUUAUGGCUGCCGGAGAUGAAGGUACUUUGGAUGCACUUAAAUGUGCGGCCUGCAAUUGUCAUCGGAACUUCCAUCGUAAAGAGAUCGAAGGUCAACAACGACAACAUCAGCAGCUGCAGCAGCAGCACCAGGCUGCGUUACAGCAUCAGUACAUGACACCACCGCCAUACUACCAUCCUCAUCACCGACCGACCGGAUACUUGCAUAUGACGCCGGCUCCGUCUUCUCACCACCAGCGUCCGUUAGCUCUACCGUCUACAUCCCGAGAGGAUCUGGAAGAGAUCUCAAAUCCUAGCUCGAGCGGAGGCGGAGGUGGAGGCGGACUCGGUGGCGGUGUCGGCGGUGGAAGCGGUUCAAGAAAGCGUUUCCGAACAAAAUUCACUCAGGAUCAGAAGGACCGGAUGCUGGCGUUCUCCGAGACGUUAGGGUGGCGGAUCCAGAAACAAGACGAGGCCGCCGUACAACAAUUCUGCGCGGAGACCGGCGUCAAACGCCAUGUUCUCAAGGUCUGGAUGCAUAAUAACAAGCACACAAUUGGUAAGAAACCCUAAUUUUUCGUAGGAACAGAAAUUCAUUCCAUCGGUCUUUUAAUUCUCAACUUCUGUAGGAAUUUCGAUCGGUCUGAGUCUUCUUUAGCUAGUAAUUAAUUUUGUUUUAAUUUAAAUCCUUGUGAUCAUAAUCUCUAACUCUUUCUCAGUCUCAGAUCCAUCUUAAUGUAAAAUAUCCUUUAAUUUCCA